CACCCCCUAUCCUUUUCCCUUUAUCUCUUAAUGACCGACCCUCUUUCUCUCACACCUUCAAACUCCUGAACCCCAUCCAACUAUCGCUUAUUUUUCUAAGUGAAACCAUCCCCACAAACUCCAACACCAUGCCUCAAUCCCUGCUUAUGUCAGGGGCCGCCAUAGACUUCAAGAGAGAUAAUGCUUUGCUCCAGUUUCAGAGCACACAUAGCCUUCUUCGCCCUGCUCCUUUCUCUCACUCUGUACGCCCACCACUUCCACCUCGCCGCUGCCUCGUUCUUGGCACCCCAUUUCCCCUCGCUCUCUUCAAAUCCAAAACCAAAGCAGCCCCGGUCAAGAAGGUUGCAGAGUCGAAGCCAAAGGUUGAAGAUGGCAUCUUUGGAACCUCGGGAGGCAUCGGUUUCACAAAGCAAAACGAGCUCUUUGUCGGCCGUGUUGCCAUGAUUGGUUUCGCUGCCUCUAUACUAGGAGAAGCAAUUACAGGGAAGGGAAUUCUAGCCCAAUUGAACUUGGAAACAGGGAUACCCAUCUAUGAAGCAGAGCCUCUCCUCCUCUUCUUCAUCCUCUUCACUCUCUUGGGUGCUAUUGGAGCUCUUGGUGACAGAGGGCGCUUUGUCGAUGACUCUCCAACCGGUCUUGAUAAGGCUGUUAUUCCCCCUGGAAAAGGGAUUCGAUCGGCUCUAGGGCUCCCGGAAGGAGGCCCUCUGUUUGGAUUCACAAAAGCAAACGAACUAUUUGUGGGCAGACUUGCACAACUCGGGAUUGCAUUCUCGAUUAUAGGAGAGAUAGUAACAGGAAAGGGAGCUCUGGCACAGCUCAACAUCGAAACUGGUGUGCCUCUCAGUGACAUCGAGCCCCUUGUGCUCUUCAAUGUCCUCUUCUUCUUCGUUGCAGCUUUGAAUCCCGGCUCUGGUAAAUUUGUCACUGAUGAGGACAAAGAUUAGAAUGUGAUCCUGUGUUUUUUUUUGCAUGUCCUUUUAACAUGUAGUUAUACAAUCUCAGUUCUGGUAAUUCAUGUAGUUAUGCAAUCUAAGAAGCUCAGUUCUGGUAAUUCAUGUAGUUUUCUUCGUGUGGGAUAUUUAUGAACCAUCGAUUUCUUCCCUGUUUCAA